GGACGCCAUAGGCCAUAUAGUAUACGCUCUUUUAUUAUCACAUUCACCUCUGAUAAAGUUCUCUCUUUUUGCUCCUUUUCAUCGUUCCGUCUGCUCUAGCCGAAGGAAACCCUAGCCUUUUGUACUUCGAUUUAGCAUUCAGUAAGCAAUGGGCUCCGAAGGAUCAAGAGUUGUUGUGCCUAGGAAUUUCAGAUUACUGGAAGAGCUUGAGAGAGGGGAGAAAGGAAUCGGAGGUGGAACUGUUAGCUAUGGAAUGGAUGAUGCUGAUGAUAUCUACAUGCAAUCAUGGACGGGAACUAUAAUUGGGCCCCCAAAUACUGUGCAUGAGGGUCGUAUCUACCAGUUGAAGUUGUUUUGUGGAAAGGAUUAUCCAGAUAAUCCACCAAGUGUAAGGUUCCAAACUCGGAUAAACAUGACCUGUGUCAAUCCUGAAACUGGAGUGGUCGAACCUAGUCUUUUCCCGAUGCUUGCUAACUGGCAGAGAGAGUGCACGAUGGAGGACAUAUUGACUCAACUGAAGAAAGAAAUGAUGUCACCACAAAACCGGAAGCUUGUGCAGCCUCCUGAAGGAAAUGAGGAGGCAAGGAUGGAUCAAAAAGGGUUAGUGCUAAAGUGCUGUAUUCUCUAAGUUAUUUGAAAAUUGUAUGAACAAGAAAUUGUAUAUAGAUAAGUACACUCUUCCUCCCACCGGCUUUAGCUCCUGAAAUAUAUAAUCUUGUGUAUGAGAAAGAUGACCUUUAAUUCCAGCACAUGGUGGCUAAAUAAAUUAAAACUCAAUGAACUGUGAACUCUUUCACUGUUUGAUAUUUGCUUGUGCUAAUGGUAAUACCUGUAAAUGAGCAUGCUCUUCAUUUUUAUAUUUUUUAAA